GCGAGUGGUCGGGUCAGCUUCAAGUGCCACCGUCGCAUGUGAGCACUCACUCUAUUCGUGCAGUUGCCAGUUGGUGAUUCGCUGUUCCGCAUGAAGAACUACCUCGUCGAGCGCGAGCUUGCGCAUGCCUUGUACGGCCGCGUGCUGCUUUGUCGCGACAGUACGCAGCGGGUCGUCGUCAAGCGGCUCGACCUGCGCGCGGCCGCCGAGCGCCGGUCGGUCGACGACGGCCGCCUCGUCGCCGAGGACGCGACCAUGGAGAAGCACGUGCACGGGCUCCUUGCCCACGCGCACAUUGUUGCGCUCCACGAGACCUUUUGCGCCGACGGCUAUGACCACUUUGUCAUGGAGUACUGUCCGCGCGGCGAGCUGUUCCAGGAGCUCCAGCGACAGCCUUCGCAGCGCUUCCAGCCGACGCGCGCGCACGACUGCUUCAUCCAGAUCGCGACCGCCGUGGCCUUUAUGCACGAGCGCGGCUUUGCGCACUGCGACCUCUCGCUCGAAAACGUAUUUGUCGACGCGACCUUCAACUGCAAGGUCGGCGACUUUGGCCUCGCGUCGCCGACAGCCGCGCGCAAGCUGACGCCGGUCGGGAAGCGCAUCUACAUGGCGCCCGAGAUGCUCUUGCCUGGCGGCUACGCACCCGACAAGGCCGACGUGUGGGCGCUUGGCAUUAUGCUCUUCAUCAUGCUCACGGGCUGCCCGCUCUUUGGCCGCGCCGACGACAGCGACAGCGUCUUCCGCUACGUGCAGGCGCAUGGCCUCGUUGGCGUCCUCCGCGGCUGGAAGCUUGACCACGUCGUGAGCAAGGACUGCCUCCACCUCCUCAAGAAGCUCCUCGAUGUCGACCCGAAGCGCCGACCAGCGAUGAAGACCGUCAUGAAGCACCCCUAUGUACGCGACGGCCUCCGGUUCUUUGAGAUCGGCGACCACGUCGGCCGGUUCUUUAAAGCGCUCUGGACGACACCUCGCGAGUGGCGCCGGUCCGAGGCGUCGGCGCCGACACAAGGCGCGAAGAAGAAGCGGCCACCCCGCUCGAGUAUUUAUUAACAAGGACAGUGGUACACAGCGUGUUGCGCUUGGAUCGUCGGCGUCCAAGGAAGACGCCGACGAUCGUUGUUGGGUCAUGCUCACCCAACUACGAAGACAAGCCAUGUCGACCACCGAUUAUGGAAGACGCCACGGACCAUCAUCGCACGAGAAGGUGCGUGUGUCAUGCUGUGGACAGCAUGUGCAUGAUACAGCACUGGCCCCAUUGUGCGUCUCGAGGGUUCGGCAACGAGGCAGGAUCGACGCCUUGUCAACCAAACGCGCGCUAACGUCGUGCUGGCCGCUGAUGCUGCCACGUGUCCGAUCUCGUGCUUGCCCACAGUGCCACGUGGAAGGUGCAACUUGCUUCUAGGUGGCUGACGGCGCACGCGACCUAGCGUCGUUCAGCUGCGUUGCUCAGCUGCGUCAAAGUCAUUCGCACCGGCAAGGUGCAACGCCACAGGCUCUCGAUGCAUCGCCGUCCUCGCCCUCAAACUGGCCUCGUCGACAAUAAUGUCCAUGGGAUAUCAGUACAUGUCGGAUACAGUACGUUGGAGGAGCCAUGGUCAAGUACUCGUACAAGCAAAGCGAGUUACUAGUUCGUUCGUACGGUAGCGCUAGCGUAGGUGCGCCGCGUCGAACGCUGGCUCGCCCAUCCCGCCCAAUAAAUCUUUCGCAGGCACCAAUCGUAGUCUGUG